GCGUGUCUGACAAUUCCGUGGGAUCUUGGAAGCCUAAACUUCUUUGAUAAUUGUACCUAGAUUGUUCAUCUAACAAGGUAUAACAUACCAAUUAGCCAUGGAAAUUAUUGCGUUGGCCGUGCAUUUUCUUCUCUUUUAUCUUCAACUUUGCUCCUCUGCACAUACCACUAACAAUGGUUCCUCUACCGAUGAGCAGGCUCUACUUGCCUUCAAGAAUUCCAUCAUUUUAGAUCCAUACAAUAUGUUAGCAAUUUGGAAUGCCAACACUGGUGUCUGCAAUUGGACAGGUAUUUCAUGCAAUAAGUUGAUGAGAGUGUCUAAAAUUAAUCUUCAGGGCAGGGGUUUAGAGGGUACCAUUUCUCCUUUCUUGGGAAACCUUAGCAAUCUGCAAGAACUGCGUCUGUUGGGGAAUCAGCUUACUGGGCGAAUACCAACAUCUCUAGGAAAUUGUUUUAAACUGGAAAUUCUUGACCUCAGUCUCAACACUCUCUCAGGCGUUAUUCCAGAGCUCCAGAAGCUUAGCAAUCUGCAAGAACUGCGUCUCUCAGAGAAUCAGCUAAGUGGGUCAAUAUCAACAUAUCUAGGAAACAGUUCCAAACUGGAAAUUCUUGACCUCAGUUUCAACAAUUUCUAUGGCGUUAUUCCAGAGCUCCACCAGCUUAGCAAUCUGCAAGAACUGCGUCUCUCAGAUAAUCAGCUAAGUGGGUCAAUAUCAACAUAUCUAGGAAACAGUUCCAAACUGGAAAUUCUUGACCUCAGUUUCAACAAUUUCUAUGGCGUUAUUCCAGAGCUCCACCAGCUUAGCAAUCUGCAAGAACUGCAUCUGAGGGGGAAUUGGCUUAGUGGGUCAGUACCAACAUAUCUAGAAAAAUGUUCCAAACUGGAAAUUCUUGACCUCAGUCUCAACAAUCUCUAUGGCGCAGUUCCAGAGCUCCAGAGGCUAAGCAAUCUGCAAGAUCUGCAUCUCUCAGAGAAUCAGCUUAGUGGGCCAAUACCAACAUCUCUAGAAAAUUGUUCCAAACUGGAAAUUCUUAACCUGGCUCUCAACCGUCUCCAUGGCGUUAUUCCAGAGCUAGGUCACACGCUCAGCAAUCUGCAAGAACUACGUCUGGCGGGGAAUCAGCUUAGUGGGCGAAUACCAACAUCUCUAGGUAAUUUUUCCAAACUGGAACUUCUUGACCUCAGUCUCAAUAAUAUCACUGGCACGGUGCCUCUCCAAUUGGGUAAGUUAAGCUCUCUCCAACGUCUUUUACUGUCUGAUAACUUACUCACCAGCUCUAGGAAUUUGCCCUUUCUUAGAGCUCUUGUUAAUUGCUCUUCCCUGCAAACAUUAUAUUUGGGUAGUAACGCUCUCGUUGGGGAAUUGUCCCCUUACGUUGGCAAGCUGUCUACCAAACUCUCUGUCUUGUCCUUGGAACAAAACUUCAUAGGAGGGAGCAUACCUAAAGAAAUUGGCAAUCUCACUAGCUUGACACUUAUAAACUUCACCGCUAAUGCAUUCACAGGCUUCAUUCCAUCUGCACUAGAAAGGCUUAGGAAGCUAGAGAGGUUGUAUAUGGGCCAAAACAAAUUGCAGGGAUCCAUUCCCAGCAAGAUUGGUGCACUUCAGCAACUAGGGCUACUUUCUCUCUCAUUUAACCGUCUUAGUGGAGAAAUUCCUUCCAGUAUCGGCAAUCUUCAACAGCUAAGGCGCCUUUUGCUUGAUAACAACCAAUUUGGUGGAAAUAUACCUCCCUCUCUUAGCGGAUGUCUCAAACUAGAACUAGUUGACCUAUCCCAUAAUAAUCUCACUGGAAACAUACCACGAGAUGUUGCAGGCCUACCAAAUCUACAAUUUUACUUCAAUCUGUCUUGGAAUUUACUACAAGGAAGCCUUCCAGCUGAAAUCGGAAAAAUGACAAUGGUUCAAGGAAUAGAUUUAUCUGGAAAUCAAUUAUCUGGUGUCAUUCCAGCUACUAUUGCAAGUUGUAGUAAUCUACAAUAUCUCAACCUCUCUCAUAACAUUUUUGAAGGCCCAAUUACAAAAUCAAUUCCCACGCUUCGAAAUCUCGAAGCAUUGGAUCUUUCCAACAACAAACUGUCUGGUACAAUACCAGAUUCUCUUCAGUAUCUAGAGGUACUGAGGUUUCUGAAUGUUUCAUUUAAUUUGUUGAAAGGAGAAAUUCCUAAAGCAGGACCAUUUAGAAAGCUCACGGCGUCAUCAUUCAGAGGAAACCCUGGACUCUGUGGGCAAUGGAUAUUUUCAUUACCAAAAUGUCCGAGUGCAAAGCCAACUGGAGGCCAGCCGACUGGAGACCCCUGGAACUUCCAUAAAUUGUUUAAAUACAUAAGUUCUGUUAUCUCCUUUCUAGUCGUAUACUGCUUCUAUAUUUCAUUUUUGUACAAAUAUUUCUUAGGGAAGGGAAAUGUGGAACAACCAUCAAUAGAGUUUCCACAUCCUAGAAUCUCAUAUAAGGAGCUCAGUACUGCAACUAAUGGAUUUGGCAAGGGCAACUUGCUAGGAGUUGGUGGUGUUGGCUCUGUUUAUAAAGGAGUUUUGGAUAAUGGAACAUUGAUAGCUGUUAAGGCUCUCAAUUUGGAGGAUGAAGCAGCUCAUAAAAGUUUCAACAUGGAAUGUCAAGUGCUUGGUAAAAGCAGACACCGAAACAUAAUAAAAGUCAUAACUUCUUGCUCUAAUCUUGACUUCAAAGGUUUGGUUUUUGAGUUCAUGUCUAAUGGAAGCCUAGAAAGGCACUUGCAUUGUGAUUCUGGCAAGUGUAAUAUUGGGGGUGUCUGUAAAAUGGAUUUACAGACGCGAUUGCAUAUAGCCAUGGACGUUGCCCGUGGCUUGGCAUAUCUCCAUCAUGAUUGUUCAAUUCAAGUUGUUCACUGUGAUUUGAAGCCCAACAAUAUACUUCUGGACUUCUAUAUGACAGCACAUAUAGCUGAUUUUGGAAACGCCCAUAUACUAUCUGAAAAUCCUAUGGAUUCAUUUUCAGCAUCAACAACAUUGAAAGGUGCUCUAGGCUACAUUGCCCCUGAGUAUGGAGUUGGUGCAAGGAUUUCAACCAAGGGAGAUGUUUACAGCUAUGGAAUUCUGCUAUUGGAAAUGUUAACAAGAAAGAGUCCAACACACCAGAUGUUUGUUGAUGGCCUCAGCUUGCACAUGUGGGUCAGUACGGCAUUCCCUGAUAGGAUUUCAGAGGUGGUUGAUGAUAGCGUGCUGUUGUGUAACGGAGGUGUAACAGAUGCUACAUGCAAUUGUCUUAUUCAACUGAUUCGAGUAGCCUUGUUGUGCUCAAAAGAUUCGCCUAAAGACCGACCAAGUAUGGCAGAAGUCGUGGAGAUGUUAGAAUGUAUUGAGGGCAUGUUUGAAGGGAGUAGAAUAGAUUCAAAAUAUCAAUCUGAUCUCUACCAAAUGGUAAGCAGCGCAAGAUGGGCAAGAAAUCUAGAUAAGGUAGGAAAGGGUCAGAGCACUUCCACAUUCCAGUCAACAUCCUAAAAUAUGAUGUAAACUGUCCAGCACAGAAUCAGGGAAAUUGAAUUUCAAGUAAUAGUAGUGGUUGAAACUGCCCUGCUAUUCUGUGAAAGGGGAUACAAAUGCAAUAUAAAAAAUUGAUUAACCCUUUUUCUCUCUAUCUGGGAGAGUUCUAUUAAGAAUUUGUUCUACUCUGGAAAUCUUUUUAAGCUAUAUUUAGGAAUGCAUUCGAUGA